CUCACCGUCGUUCAGUGAGACACGAAGCCGAGCAGAGUCCUGCUCUGUGUUCGAUCCCAGGCGGUGCAGUGUUUGGCCCGUACAUUCCUCCGCACGAUAACGGGAUGAAAAUACAGCGUCUGCGGUGAUGAGAGUCUCUGCAAGGGCCACAAAAGACCGGAACUGACCAGCGCCGAGGAAACCAUCAAUGUUGGACUCUCCUACUGCUGAGCACUAGCCACAGCCACACUGGAAGGCGACUUUCGUAAGCACCCAAGAUGAUGAGUUCUAGUGACAUCGACGUUCGAGGUGAAGGGUCCUUGUUCUCCGAUCAUAACCCUUCAGAGAUGGAUGCCUUGUGUCCAUCGCCAGGUCCAGCCAGACCACAACGCGACUAUGAGCGGUUAGGGGGGCGAACAGGGACCUCUUUUUUUCAGACCCUGAUCCACUUGCUAAAGGGAAACAUCGGCACCGGGCUGCUGGGCCUCCCUCUGGCGGUGAAGAAUGCAGGCCUGGUGGUUGGACCAGUCAGUCUCUUCUGUAUGGGCAUCAUCGCUGUCCACUGUAUGCGGCUGCUGGUCGACUGCUCUCACCACCUGAGUGCAAAGAUCAGCCGACCAUCGCUGACCUAUGGCGAGGCGGUCCAGUAUGGGAUGGAAAAUGUAUCGUGGCUGAGGCGGCACGCCCACUGGGGAAAACGGACGGUAAAUUUAUUUCUCAUCAUCACCCAGCUGGGAUUCUGCUGUGUUUACUUCGUCUUCCUCAGCGAUAACAUCAAGCAGGUUGUAGAAAAAGCCAACUCCACCACCUUCAACUGCCACAUUAACCACACAAACCAGACAGACAUUUUGGUGCCGAGCUUCGACUCCAGAAUCUACAUGCUCUGCUUCCUGCCCGCCUUCAUCCUCCUGGUCUUCACGCCCAACCUGAAGUACCUGGCCCCUCUGUCCCUGAUAGCCAACCUGGUCAUGACCGCCUCUCUCAUCCUCAUCUACUUCUACUCCCUCGGGCACAUCCACUUCCCCAUCGAUCUGCCUGCAGUGGGAAGACUAAAAGACUACCCCCUCUUCUUCGGGACGGCCAUCUUCGCUUUUGAAGGAAUCGGCGUGGUUCUUCCGCUGGAAAACAAGAUGCAGAAGCCGCAAAGCUUUUCCACCGUCCUGUAUGUGGGCAUGGGCAUCGUCACGUUCCUGUACAUCAGCCUCGGCACUAUUGGAUACAUGUGUUUCGGGGCAAACAUCGGCGGCAGCAUCACGCUAAACCUUCCAAACUGCUGGACCUACCAGGCUGUGAUGCUUCUCUACUGCUUUGGUAUUUUCAUCACAUUCGCCCUGCAGUUCUACGUUCCCGCCGAGAUCCUCAUCCCGCCGGUGGUGGCCCGCGUGUCGGGGAGGUGGCAGACUGCGGUGGACCUGUCGCUGCGCACCUUGCUGGUCAUAUUUACAUGCGCCCUCGCCAUCCUGAUCCCGGAGCUGGACCUGGUCAUCUCCCUGGUGGGCUCGGUGAGCAGCAGUUUCCUGGCGCUCAUCUUCCCGCCACUCCUGCAGCUCUUCACGUUCCACACGGAGGACCUGUCGCCGCUGGUCUACAUCAAGAACAGUGCCAUCAGCCUGGUGGGGCUGAUCGGCUUCCUCACCGGCACCUACAUGGCCAUCGUGGAAAUCAUUGCCCGCAACGCCCUGAAGAAGGAGGGCACCCCGACCGACUACAUGGUGCAGUGAGGACCACCAGAGGGGAAUCGGACCAAGGACUUCCUUUCCUCCUGUCCUGGUAGAAAACAUCCUAUCGCUUUUGGUGUUCGUGCAGCGCCAUUUUUACCGCCACCUGGACAUGACCUUUUUUUUAUGAGACACCGAAUGAAGCGUUCUCUUAAUUUAGCUCUUGAUCUUAGUCAAAGAAUCAAACUACCUCACGAUCUGGUAUCAAUUCUUUGAAAGGUUUUGCUUGUUUUAUUACCCAGCACACUGUCGCUGACGCACUUUGAUUCAUGCCUUACUCAGCAGACAGUUAUUUUAGCUCCCACUUUUUUUUUUUUUUUUUUUUUUUUUUUUUUAUCGAAGACAGUCAUUUUGACUGAUCAUUUAAAAAGGGAUGAUGUGCUGAGCAAGCAUUUUUAAGAUUGGAAAAGGUGCAGUUGUGAGCACCGGGAUGAAAAAACUAACCAGGAUGAAGAACAUUUCGGAGAGAAAUGUAUCGUUUUAAGAUGUUUACAAGGAUGUCGUGUCAAAUCUGGAGAAACACUUUCCGUUUAGUUUAGCCUGAUAACACGCCGUUAAGUGUCGUAACUUGACGUCACCAUGAUAUGUAGAUAAUUGCCAAAAUUUAACUUGCAACAGGUUCUCAGUGCGGCCCGCGUUGUGGGGAGCACUUUUAUUUGUCGCUAAAUACCCAUUUUAUUUCAGUCUCUGUAAAUUGUAGGGUCACUUUGUAUCAUUUGUUGCGACAUCUAUGACUCCGUAAAGACAAACCACAAAGGACUAAAAGGAGUUCCCUUGAUUUUUUUUCCCACGCUGCCGGCACUACACUCCUUUAACUGGCCAGACAGCGGCACCACCAGAGGGCGCCUUUGUCCAGCUGUGGGUUGGUGGGCUUUGCUACAAGUCCUACUUUGGACAAUCCAGCAUUGCUUGUUGCAGAGUCUGGCAUCAUGCCACGCGUCUGAGGGCUGCGACUGUAGCCCCGCAUCAGGCGCCAGUGACGAAAACGUGUGAAAACAUCUCUUUUUAAACAAGCUAAUGCAAUUACUUUGCUUGGAAAAAAUACAUUUUAAGAGAAAAAAAUCAUCCUGUGUUUGCCAAAUUGAUGAUUUUAUUUAAAUAUUUUUGACAUUACGUUUUUAUAAAUCGCAGUUCUACAGUUAUUUUUGCGUUACUGACUUCACAAUGACAUCAAAAAAAAGAAGAAAGAAGCCAAUAAAAUACAUCAUUCAUAGACACCAUUUUGGCACACAAACAUCUCUGAUCAAAGUAAAAUAUUGGACAGAACAUUUGUCUAACUUUUGUAUUCGUAUUUUUCUUUGUUUAAUGAAUGAAAUAACUGUUAAUUUGUUUUUUUUUAAUAAAGUUUUUAGGUCUCCAUCCGCAGCAUGUCGUGCUCCGUUCGUUCAGCUUCUGGGCGACAGUGUCGCUGUCGUGCUUCCAUGUUGUCUCCGGUAUUUAAAAAUAGCAUUUCUGCUUCUGUGGGCGGGAAACAAGCCUCCACCUCGCAGGUGGAGAGGUUGUUGUGUUGCACAUGUAAAUAUUGUCCUUCUGUGUUGUCGUUGUCCAAAUAUCUAAUCAACAAUAGAUCUGCAGGCGUGAGCGUCUCACACUGGACUUGAGAUGAGUAAGCAGUUGAUCAAUAUGUUCAUGACCAGUCGAUCACCCGUCUAUAAUCUGUAAAGGAGUUUUCUAAAUAAAU